AUGGGAAGAAACAACAUGACCAAAUCGGAUGCAGGACGAAUCCAGGCUGGCCAGGCUAAGGGCGGCCACGAUAUGUCGUCGGGAAGCUUUGCUGCUCGAGCCCAGGCUGCUGGGGAUCGCAACCAAGCUGCGAUGGCUGCUGCUAGUCGACAGAACACGGGUUCGGGCGCUGGGACUCAGACCAGAGGUACCAACGGUGGUGGAGGAUCCGGCAAGAAGUAA